AUUACGCAGAGAGCGCGAGAAGCCGGCAGUACGUUGCUGCCCACGGCGCAUUUGUGGUUAACUAAAUCAGAUUUCAAUAUUCGUAGUUAGGUAUAUGUUUUCGAGAUUUCGAAAAAUUGAGUCCUGAUUAAUGCCUCCACCAAUCGGUCGAAAUAUCAGUGUAAAGCAUGGACGUUCGAAAUCAACUUCUGCAGCAACAGGAAAACUGCCACCAGUUGUUUCGCAAGAAACGCGAGAUCGAACGGAAGCUGUCAAAAAGACAUUUGAUCGACCAAAAACUGCGCAUCGGAAUUCUAGGCCUCCGACAUCGUCUCAUGCUCUCCCCUCGUUUGGUAACGGACGUAUUAUAACUGCAUCAAAGCACAUGAAAUUAGCAAUGAAGCGUUCUAAUUCGGAAACCAGACCACUGCCACGAAUAGAGUACGGGCGUUCUCCAAGCAGAGAAAAAAUGACAGAUUUGAGAGAUGAAUUGUUUCACGCUAAAAAGAAAGUUGCAUCUUACGAAACUGAUUUGAAAAAAUUGAGCACAGAAAUGCAACGUCUACGCAGAGACGCAGAAAAACGAGAGACAUUCCUGGAGCGUAUAGUGACGGCGCAGUAUCACCCUACGGAGCUGAAUGAUACCAAUUUGGCCAGGACGUUGACAUCAAUCAAACGGAAGGAAAUGGCAAAAGAAAACUUGAUUGACAUUCAAGCCAAGGAAUUAGAAAGACUCCGCAGUCUUUUAAAAGACAGCCAUAUUCCUCUAGGGUCAAAGCAUCCAACCGAAACAAUGACCGUAUCAGUUGCCAAAGAUUCAGAACUGGAUGUGGACAACGAAGAUUAUUCGGAUUACCCGGAGGAACCGGAUCUAGUGGAAACUGCUGGGCACUCAGAACGAGAUGAAGAAUAUGAUGAAGUUUUCGAAGAAGUACACAAUCGAAAGCUGGACAAAAGCAGAGUGAAAACAGCAUCUAAGGAAAGAAAUGAGUUGGCGAAAAAGUACGCAGAGCAAAACGCAAAGUUGAAACUGAAACUUAAAGAGGUCAAGAAUAACUAUGCUUCAAUGCUCGAGAAAAAUAAAAAGAAAGGUGAAGAAUUUAUCAAGCAAAGUGAAAACUCGAAAGCAGUUGUCGAAAAAACCGUCCAAAUCAGCACUGUUCUCGAUUCACUGCAGAAAGAACGUGAAGAUUUGUCAGAGAUCAGAAAGAAAAACGAGCAGAAAAUUGAAGGACUAUCGCAAGAGUUGAUUGAGGCUUACGGAGAAAUUGAUGCGUUGAAAAUGAACAAUGAGAAACUGCAAGAACAUUUGGGUGAUUUGGAGCAACGUGUUGGACAUUUAAAAAUUCAGCCGGACUAUGAGAGCCUUCCACCAUUAAAUAUACCUCGACUCGACAUGACCGAUAUUGACAAUGACGAGAACGGCACGUUGCACGAGUUUUCUGAAAGAAGUGUUUUAUCGAAUCUUUCUGAAUUCGAUCAUGUACACCUUGCUGGUGCAUUAGCAGAAAUUGCUGGUGCUCAUUGUGAGCGAUUGCGUAUGAUCACUCAAUCAUAACAGACUACUUUUAUUACUUCCCACUCUUUCCUGUCAAUCUAUCUAUUAGUAUACAACCUGUCUGAUUUUUUUCCCCUGAUGUGAUAAUUUUGAACACUGGUCAGCCCUUUUUCUAUUUUCUUCCAAUUAAUUUGAUUCUGCUGUGCAAUCCCAAUUGAGUGUGAAAAUCUUUGUGUUGAAAACUGUACAAUUUAGUUUAUACUACAUAUUCGAAAAUUAAAUCCUUCUGAAACUUCUAAAUAAAUUUUUUUAAAAUUUUUUAAAUAAAGUUUUUUAUUGUU